AUUCCGGAAACAGUGGCGUGAGGAGCUGUUCUGCGUUAGGCUGGAAACUGGGUAGGUAAGGAAUCCAACACAAAAAUCCAGGCCAACAUCAAUUCAGUGACUUUACUUGUAGCAUUUCGAUUUUUCUUUUGUUGUUCGUUAAGUAGGCUACCGCUUUUUCAUUCAUUCAGAAACAUUUAUUUUUGGAUAUAAAUUAUGUCUCGAGUUCUUUUGGGAAUUAUACCAGACGAGGCAGUCUUCGCAGACUUUAGAAGCCAAGCCUUGUCAACGGACAACUGGUACAGCAAAUAUGACAAGAACGGAAUGGAGGUCUGGGUCGAGGUGGCCCCUGUAACAUCCCCUCAAGGAAACAAAAACGUCCCAAAAGUUCACAAGAUAAAGGUAAGGACACCUUGGCUUGACUCACCUGGUGUUUUGAUACACUGUCUGUACUGUAAAACUAACAGUAUGAAGUCAUGGUCAUGGAUCAGUCGAGUUGUUUGACUAAAAUAUGUUUUUAUUUUCAGUCAAUUUAAACUUUAAAUUAUUUAUUUUUUUAAAUAGGGGCCUGCUGUAGUCCCUUGGAGACAGCAUGACAGUUUUUCUGUUACACAUCUGAUUUUCCACCACAACCCUUUUGUUUUUGUGUGGCAACAUUGUCACAAGAGCACCUAGGGCGUGUUUCCAACUUUCCAUGACCAUUGGUUUAUCUGGUAUCAUGUUUUAUUAUAGUGAAUACUCAAUAGAUAAGAGCAGAUCUAGAGAUGGAAUUAAUUUGUUAUUUUACUCCAAUAAUCAAUUUACUUUUGCUGUUUGUAUUUCAGUGCAGAAUGACCAUAAAAGAUGUGUCGGCCGCCACGAUGUACGACGUCCUUCAUGAUGGACAGUAUCGCAAGAAGUGGGACCCCUCCAUGUUGGAGAGCUUUGACAUUGCCCGUCUCUCACCUAACGCCGAUAUGGGUUACUACUCAUGUGAGUUCCUCUUAUCUGCUAGAGUUAAGCGUGCUGUUCCACAUUCCUCUCUGUUGUUUUGUCUCUUCUCUCAGUGCAAGAACCUGAUGGGUCAACUUUACUAACGAUUGACUUUAAACCACAGGUUCAAACAUGACAUGACCACAGGUGAAAAUGUGCAGUAAAUCUGGUAUAAAAUCUCUUAUUAACAUUCAGUCCACUUUCCCCUUCCUUUAAGGAAUCCCUUCCUCCAUGGUACCCCUUCACAGUGUCUUCAGCUCAGACAAGGCAUGAGUGACCUGUUUUGCAGACUGUAUUUAGUCAACAUGAGAGUCCAGUUGCUGCCUCUGUUGAUCCUCUGAAUCUUUGGCUACCCUGACAUUGAGAGGCAGGGGGGGGGGGGGGGGGGGGGGGUGUUUGUAAGUGAGAAAUCUUUCCUCAAGUUGUUUUACAUUUGUUGUCCUGUUGUUGUUUUCAGGGAUGUGUCCGAAGCCACUGAAGAACAGAGAUGUGGUGACGCUGCGUUCGUGGCAGGUGACGGACGACGAGUAUGUGAUCAUUAACUACUCAGUCAAACACCCAGUAUGUACGCCAUGCACCUCCACCUCCUCUGUCUGUGGACUUUGGCUCUUCGCAACCAUCCAGUACAUGCAUCAGUCUGUCUGCAGUUACUAGUAGUUACUGAAUGUUACAUCAGUGUACAUAUAUGAGGACAAUAGCUGACAUUGACCAUAGGAAUGGUAGAGCAGAGACACAUUGCAAUAAAAACAUAAUUUCUCUAUCCACAUUAAAACCACAUCAUCAUGUAUAAAGUGUUUCUCUCUCAAUAUUUGCCUGGAACAGUAUGGACGCAGCAUAUUACAAGGUUGUAACAUUCAUUUGUUUCUUGUCAUUCACGUGGCUUCAGAGUAUGCAAGUGAUAACUUCUCCGCUGAUUUGGUUAUUAUUUCUUCACAGAAAUAUCCUCCUAAAAAGGACCUUGUGAGAGCCAUCUCCCUCCUGACUGGCUACCUGGUGAAGGCCACAGGACCCAAUAGCUGCUCCUUUACCUACCUCUCACAGGCUGACCCCAAAGGUGAGACCCACCUUCCACUGACCUUUUUCAGAUCCUAUGCUUCAGUUGUCUUUUCUUUGUUGAAAGAUAUUUGAUACAGAGUAUGUUAUACUACAGGUAUGAAGAGUUGCAGUGAUUAUUGGUUAUUUGGAUUAUUCUGUAUUUCAGGUUCUCUUCCAAAGUGGGUGGUGAACAAAGCAUCUCAGGUUCUGGCUCCCAGGGUACGUGAAUAACCUCAGACAACAUUGUUAUUCAUCUCCCUUCGGCUAAAAUCUUUAGCUUCUUUGUGUUUGACGACAGAGUUAUAACUCGUUUUUAAUUUGGCUCCAAAGCAACAGUCAGCCAAUACAUGAGUGUGUCUUAGAGCUACAGUGGUAAUUAUUGUCCUUGAACUAGAUAGUAAAAGUGCGCGAUCGAAGCACAGCGAAUGUGGGUUUCAAGUCUCCUUAAAUGACAAUAGUAACCAUAGAAACACACUGGAAGGUCCUGCUCAGCUUUUUGACAAUGUAGUCUCUCAGGUAGAGCAACUGACUCUCACCGGCCCUGUAGAACUAGUUUUCCUGGUUUCAUAGCAUGUGCAGCGUGAAACUGUGUAGGGCAAGGUGUAUCUUUGUGUGCGAAACCAAGAUUGUGUGUGUGGCUCAUAGCUGUGAUUGAAUGCAAACCUUGACCUACUGAUUAAUGAUCAACAGCUGGCUGCUCUUCAAAAAGUCCCUUUGAAUAGCACCCCACUUAAGCGCAUUUUAAUAUAAUUACAUUAUAUAAAUUAGUAAAACACAAAUUAUGUACAUGAAGUUGAAAGUAUUCACAACCCUUGACUUUUUCCACAUUUUGUUGUGUUCCAGCCUGAAUUCAAAAUUGAUUUUCUUUUACACAUUUACACACAAUAACCCAUAAUGACAAAGUGAAAACAACAUGUUUUUAGAAACUUUUGCACAUUUAUUGAAAGUUAAAUACAGAAAUAUAAUUUACAUAAGUAUUCACACCCCUGAGUUAAUACUUUGUAGAAGCACCUUUGGCAGCAAUUACAGCUCUGUCUUUCUGGGUAAAUCUCUAAGAGCUUUCCACACCUGGAUUACGUAACAUUUGCCCAUUAUUCUUUCCCGAAUUCUUCAAGCUCUGUCAAAUUGGAACCAAAUUGAAUCAGGUUUUCCUCUAGGAUUUUGCCUGUGCUUAGCUCCAUUCCAUUAAUUUUUUUUGUCCUGAAAAACUCCCCAGUCCUUAACAAUUACAAGCACACCCAUAACAUGAGGCAGCCACCACUAUGCUUAAAAAUAUGGAGAGUGGUACUCAGAAUGGUUGUAUUGGAUUUGCCCCAAACGUAACACGUUGUAUUCAGGACAAAAAGUGAAUUGCUUUGCCACAUUUGUGUCAGUACUACUUUAGUGUCUUUUUGCAAACAGGAUGCAUGUUUUGUAAGAUUUGUAUUCUGUACAGGCUUCCUUCUUUUCUUUUCCUUCAAUUAGGUUAGUAUUGUGGAGUAAAUACAAUGUUGUUGAUCCAUCCUCAGUUUUCUCCUGUCACGGCCAUAACUGUUUUAAAGUCACCAUUGGCCUCAUGGUGAAGUCCCUGAGCGGUUUCCUUCCUCUCCGGCAACUCCGUUAGGAAGGAUGCCUGUAGCUUUGUAGUGACUGGGUGUAUUUGUACACCUUUCAAAGUGUAAUUAAUAACUUCACCAUGCUCAAAGGGAUAUUCUAUGUCUGCUUUUUUUUUUAAAACCCAUCUACCAAUAGGUGCCCUUCUUUGCGAGGCAUCGGAAAACCUUCCUAGUCUUUGUGGUUGAAUCUGUGUUUGAAAUUCACAGCUCGACUGAGGGACCUUACAGAUAAUUGUGUGUGUGGGGUACAGAGAUGAGGUAGUCAUUCAAAAAUCAUAUUAAACACUAUUAUUGCUCACAGAGUGAGUCCAUGCAACUUAUUCAGUGGUGGAAAAAGUACCCAAUUGUCAUACUUGAGUAAAAGUAAAGAUACCUUAAUAGAAAAUGACUCAAGUAAAAGUGAAAGUCACCCAGUAAAAUACUACUUGAGUAAAAGUCUAAAGGUAUCUGGUUUUAAAUAUACUUAAGUAUCUAAAGUAAAUGUAAUUACGAAAAUACACUUAAGUAUUGAAAGUAAAAGUAUAAAUAAGUUCAAAUUACUUAUAUUAAGCAAACCAGAUGGCACAGUUUUCUUGUUUUUUUAUUUACGGAUAGCCAGGGGCACACCAACACAUUUAGACAUAAUUUACAAAUGAAGCAUUUGUGUUUAGUGAGUCCGCCAGAUCAGAGGCAGUAGGGAUGACCAGGGAUGAACUGGACCAUUUUCCUGUCCUGCUACGCAUUCAAAAUGUAACAAGUACUUUUGGCUGUCAGGGAAAAUGUAUGGAGUAAAAAGUACAUUAUUUUCUUUAGGAAUGUAAUUAAAUAAAAGUAAGUUGUCAAAAAAUAUAAAUAGUAAAGUACAGAUACCCCCCUAAAAUACUUAAGUAGUACUUUAAAGUAUGUUUACUUAAGUACUUUACUCCUGAACUUAUUUAGGCUUACCAUAACAAAGGGGUUGAAUACUUAUUGAUUCAUGACAUUUCAGCUUUUCAGAUAUAAUCAAUUUGUUAAAGAAAAUCUAAAAACAUAAUUCCACUUUGACAUUGUGGUAUUGUGUGUAGGCCAGCACAACAGCCUGAAUACUUUCUGGGGUGUGAAUACUUUCUGAAGGCACUGUGUAUACAAAACAUUAAGAACACCUGCUCUUUCCAUGACAUAGACUGACCAGGUGAAAGCUAUUAUCCUUUAUUGAUGUCACUUGUUAAAUCCACUUCAAUCAGUGUAGAUGAAGGGGAGGAGACAGGUUAAAGAAGGAUUUUUAAGCCUUGAGACAAUUGAGCCAUGGAUUGUGUGUGUGUGCCAUUCAGAGGGUGAAUGGGCAAGAAAAAAGAUUUUAAGUGCCUUUGAACGGGUUAUGGUAGUAGGUGCCAGGAGCACCGGUUUGUGUCAAGAACUGCAAUGCUGCUGGGUUUUUCACGCUCAACAGUUUCCCAGGUGUAUCAAGAAUGGUCCACCACCCAAAGGACAUCCAGACAACUUUACACAACUGUGGUAAGCAUUGGAGUCAACAUGGGCCAGCAUCCCUGUGGAACGCUUUCGACACCUUGUAGAGGGGGGGUGCAACUCAAUAUUAGGAAGGUGUUGUUAAUGUUUUGUACACUCACUGUACAUGUAUAUGCCUCUGGGCAGAACUGUCAAAAAGUGCAGUAAAUGAAGGGAAUGGGAAAAACUAGGCUGGGGCUCAGCUCUAUGUCUCUGACGCCCUCCUCUCUCCCUGCAGGUGCUGAAGUGUGUGCACAAGGCUGGCCAGAGCUACCCCGAGUGGAAGAAGCAGAACUCUCCGGAUCAGAAGCCCUGGUUGUACCCAGAGCAGAGCACCCUGCCCAUGAUGGACCCAUCUGAGCUGGCCAUCCAGCGGGGGCACUCUCUGGAGAACGUUGACGAGAGCACCCAGCUGGACAUUCAGGAGAGCGACAAGGCAGAGGAUAGCAGCUGAGCACAUCUGUCAGAGGGGAUGAAACCGAGCCAAGAGAGGACGGAUGGACAUGCUCACGCAGACCUCACGACACUCUCCAUGGCACUUUUAUCCCAAUCUUUAAAGUCUCCGAUCUACCCCCAAUUUAUGUUGUAUUUAUCCAGUUUUUGUCUUUACGGAUGAUCGAGAUAAUUAACUGUUUACAUCUGUUUGGUCUUAUGAAGCGGAACAUCAUACCAACGAGUGGCAAUUCUGGUUCAUCCACUCCACUUGAACUGAACUGAUAAUGAUUUGCCAACUAACUGUGCCAACUCCAGACAGUGCACUGGCAGAAGAAGUGUUUGAUAGUAGGACCUGGUUGUUGAUUGUUACAUGCAGCUACUUUUAGAAACACCAGCAGCAUCAGCUCUUUUUAUAUUAUCAGCCAAGCUUUAUAGUCUGAUACAAUUUCAUAUUAAGUUUGGAAUAAUUCAGAACAAAGUUGAAGAAUAGCCAGGAUUGGCUGUUUUGAUAUCCUGAGUAUAAAUGAAAGUCAAGAGGGUUUUUUGUAUGUUCUGUUUAAAAAAAAAAAAACAUUUUAUGGGAAACGUAUUUAUUGAGCUACAUUGUAUAGACUUGACUAUUCUCCUGAUUAACAUGCACAUGGUAGCCAAGAGUAUGGUUCACCCUCCACAUGGAUAGACAGAGUGCCUUGUCAUUCUGUGGGUUCUCAUAUCGAUAUUUAUUGAAAUGUUGUGCAGUCUGGGAGGGCGUCAAUGGAGUUAAUACCAUUGCUAGUUAUGUAUGCCUUGGUGGUUAUG